AGCCCCUCAAAGGGCUCAAUGAGUAGGCAGAGAACAGGAGACUUUUGGCUGGCUGUAAGAGAGAGAGGGUGGAAGGAGGUUUGGCAGAGGGUUAGAUGGUAGAGUAGAGGGGUAACAUUUAGAAAAAAACCCUGCAAACUUCAUUUUUUUAAAAUAAGCUGGUAAUUGGUUGUUUUUGAAUAAACACAGGUACUUGAUGAGUGUGUAGUUUUUCAUUAAAAGCCAUCUCAUGAGUAGAAGAAGAGUAGAAGUAACUUCUCAGCACUGAAUCUAUUCCUCUGUGCUGCUGUCUAACCUUGUCAGGUGCAAAGUCUGUGAAGGCAUCAGGUUCUCUUGUGUCCAGCUUUUCAACAGGAGUUUACAUUCCAACUGCGGUUAAGACUGGAGUUGCUCUGACAUUUCACCAUGAGGAGCAUGUGUGUAUCUGCACUUCUGCUGCAGCUCCUUGGGACUUCUUUAUGUCAGUUCCCUCGCCCAUGUGCCAACUCAGAGGGACUACGGACCAAAGAGUGCUGCCCGGUGUGGGAAGGUGACGGCUCAGCCUGCGGUGCCAUGUCAGGUCGUGGUUUCUGCACUGAGGUGAUGGUCUCAGAUGAGCCCCAUGGGCCCCAGUAUCCUCACAGCGGGAUUGACGACAGAGAGCGCUGGCCUUUAGCGUUCUUCAACCGGACGUGUCGUUGUGCUGGAAACUAUGGAGGUUUUAACUGUGGAGAGUGUAGGUUUGGUUACUGGGGUGCAAACUGUGCUGAGUACAGGGAAUCAGUGCGUCGGAACAUCCUUACCCUGUCCGCUGCUGAGCAACAGAAGUUUAUCUCUUAUCUAAACCUGGCUAAAAACACCAUCAGCCGUGACUAUGUUAUCUCCACAGGAACAAGAGCAGAGAUGGGUGAAAACGGUGAGAACCCCAUGUUCUCAGACAUCAACACCUAUGACCUGUUUGUCUGGAUGCACUACUAUGUGUCCCGGGACGCCUUCUUGGGAGGGCCAGGGAACGUGUGGAGAGACAUCGACUUUGCCCAUGAGUCUGCAGCCUUUCUGCCUUGGCACCGAGUCUACCUGCUUCACUGGGAGAAUGAGAUAAGGAAGCUGACAGGAGAUUUUAACUUCACCAUCCCAUACUGGGACUGGAGGGAUGCCCAGUCCUGUGAGGUGUGCACCGAUGCUCUAAUGGGCGGACGCAGCUCCUUCAAUCCUAACCUCAUCAGUCCUGCCUCCGUCUUCUCCUCUUGGAAGGUGAUCUGCACCCAGCCAGAGGAGUACAACAACCGAGAGGUGUUGUGUAACGCUACUGGAGAGGGUCCCCUGUUGCGUAACCCUGGCAACCAUGAUCAAAACCGCGUGCCUAGACUUCCCACGACAGCUGAUGUGGACUUCACUGUGAACCUCCCCGAGUACGAGACGGGACCCAUGGACCGAUUCACCAACAUGAGCUUUAGAAAUGUCCUAGAGGGUUUUGCCAGCCCAGAGACAGGUAUGGCAGUGCCAGGCCAGAGCACUAUGCACAACGCCCUGCAUGUCUUCAUGAACGGCUCCAUGUCCUCAGUGCAGGGUUCAGCCAACGACCCCAUUUUCCUGCUGCACCACGCUUUCAUUGAUAGCAUCUUUGAGCGCUGGCUCAGGACCCACCAGCCUCUCCGGACACAUUACCCACUUGCCAAUGCCCCCAUUGGCCACAACGAUGGUUACAACAUGGUCCCCUUCUUGCCACUCUAUAGAAAUGGAGACUAUUUCCUGUCCAACAAGGCUCUAGGAUACGAGUACGCCUACUUGUUGGACCCAGGACAGAGGUUUGUGCAGGAGUUCCUGACACCCUACCUCCAGCAGGCACAAGAGAUCUGGCAGUGGCUCCUGGGAGCCGGGAUCCUAGGGGCUCUGAUCGCUGCAGUCAUCGCCGCGGUGAUUGUUGUUGCUAGGAGGAAGUGGAAGCGUAACCAGAGGAGGAAGAGGGCGUCAAGCUACGGAGAGAGACAGCCACUACUGCACAGCAGCUCAGAGGAAGGCUCAGCUUCAUACCAGACUACUCUGUAAAACACACAGAUACUGUACAUACAUGUUUAUGAAUGUACAAACUAUUAGGGACACUUAUUUAUUUUCAUGAAGCAAAUGAAUGAGAUGAAUCCUAGUGCAGGAAUUUGUUGGCUACUGAUUAAAUGUCUAGGAGGGGGGGUAUUUAGGUGAACUGAUGCUUUAAGAUUUGGGACAUUAUGGACAAGGAGCACAAACCCAAAAUCAUUAAAGGUGUCCCUGAUAUUUUAUAGAUUCAGUAGAUAAAUGUAAGAAGUAUUUCUGUGUGGCACACAAACCUACACACAACCUGACAGACACAUCAUUAUCACACAGCAACAAACAUCAGUGUUCAGAUGAAAACAUAAAGACUGACACACUGCACACUGUGUCAGGUCAAAGAGCUCACCUUGGAGUACAUUUACUGUCUAUUUACACUCAGCAGUCAGUGACAGCAGCUGUGUUUAAAUCAGCAAAUGUGUGAUCUUGUAACUUCAUCAACAGUCCCAUUGUGUUGUCUUUCUUACUCAUUUGUAUGGUACUGUAAACGAGUGUAAUUCUGUUUACAGGACACAUACAUAUAAGCGAAUAUGUUAAAUUUGCUCAGAGUUAAAUAAAAGUCAACUGAAAAGACUACAGCUCAAAGAAGGAAAGUAUUUUAAAUCAUUUAAAGCUGUAGCUGCAGCGACUGCUCAGGUUGUUAAGGGUAACAACAAAAAACCUUGGUCUCGAAUGACCUCUUUCUAGCCCUUAAGAAAAAUGUAUUAUUGCAAGAGGAACUUAAGACAAAACUGCUUUUAAAGAUGUAAUUUUAACAUCAGGAUUUGUCUGAAAAAGCUUUUGUGAAAAACUACAAAGUAGUAUACACAUCUCUCUGUUGUGAAUUUGCAAGACUCUGCUUUGUUUUACAGAAGUGAAUAAACUGACCAAACACUCUGUUGUGUGUUGGCACUGGUGCUAAAGGACCACAACAUGCUAGAAUGCUUCUGAUCUUUCACAGGAAAGUAUCAUGACAAAGAUGAAUCAUGAGUUUGUACAUGUGCAUUAAAAUCAGACUGGAUUCAA